AGAUGCCACGGCUAGGAAGGUAGCUUAGCGUUGCUGUGUUCUCCACUUUGGAUUAUUUUCAUACAAAUACGCGGUUUAAACGUCGCGUUUUGACGUGUCUGGUUGUUGUCAAUGAAGCGAAGAGUUGACGGCUUUUAAAACUUAUUGGCUGGUGUUAUAGCUGCUUUGCCAGCAUUGAAUUACGUCUUUCGUCACAUCGUUUAUCUUGGCGACACAUUGUCACAAUGAUUGUCACUUUCUUAGUGGAGAAAUAUUAUAUUUUGUGAUAUUUAAAAGAUACUAGUUAAAUGGGGACACUAGAAAAAUGUUUGCUUGGUGUCAAACGUACUUUUCGUGUCUUUCCCAAUGCAUUUCUAAUGAUUAAGCUGUCACCGGGGCGAUGCUAAAAACAACUAUUUGAGUUAUUCGGUGGCAAUGACUGCGUUAGGUUUUACCCCGGCCAGAAAACGGGACAUUUUCACCAUCGAAGGGUCUCAAACGAGCAGCGCACCCGGCGGAGACGAGGCCAGGCGGUUUUACGAAAGCCUCCUUAAAGAUGAGAAAGUGAGUUUGAAAAGACAAAGUGGACAGCUGUGUCGAAAUGGGCACACCAGCAAAAGAGAAAGAAGGCGGAGGAGUCGUGAAACACAUGCUGCCGUGGGGGAAAGGAGAGGGGAAGGCAACCGAGCAAGAGAGACGACAGGCGGGUACGUCAACUCCGAGUUGUCGCUGGAGCUCCAGGGCCACAAGCUGCUGCGCUGCGCCCAAGAUGGAGACCUCGCCGGGCUGAAAGAUUUGCUUUCGAAGGGGGUGGAUAUCAAUUUCCAGGACACUUUUUUCUGGACAGGCGUGAUGUGCGCAAGCUGGUCGGGGCAAAGAGCCGCCGUGAGGUUGCUGCUGGACGGAGGCGCCGCGUGGGUGGGCGUCGUCGACACUCAGGGUCGGGAUGCCAGAGAUCUCGCCUCGGAGGCGGGCCACUGGGAUGUGUUGGAGGAGCUGGAGAGCUACGGGAGAAGCCCACCGAGACCAACAAAUACCAGCUCAGCACAGCCUCAGCACUGCCAGGUGUGCGGCGUGGAUUACACAAGCGGCCUGUCAUCACACGCGUCCUCCACUCUUCAUCAGUUCAACGUCAAACGCCCCCCGCCGGCCCCCGACUACUGCCUCCCGCCGUCCGCCAACAGUUACAAGAUGAUGCUGAGCUGCGGCUGGCGGCCCGGCGCGGGCCUGGGUCCGGGGGGCCGCGGGCUCCGGGGACCCGUGGCCACGGUCUUGAAAAGGGACCAGAAAGGCCUCGGCUACGGGGAGACGGCGGCAGCCAGGGUGACUCACUUCAAAGCGGGGGACCGAGACGCGGUGAAAUGGUCGCGUGUAGAGAACGAGAAAGAAAAAGAGGGGCAGCGACGGAAGGGAAAGACCAAAGCGGAAAUUUGGAGGAAAGAACAACAGGACAAAGCCUUCGAAAGAGAUUUCCGGGCCUCUUUUUAUUCGUGACGCCUGCCGUAUUUGUGGAUUGUUAUUUCACACAUGUGAUAUAUUAUAAGAGUGGAAAAUUCAUUUGAAAUAUUUGAAAAUGAGAGUGUGUGUGUGAAAGUAAAAUUGUAUUUAAUUUUGGUGUUCAAUUUUUUUCAGGUAUGCACUGCUGUGGAAAAAAAAGCAGUGACCCCCUUCUCAAAUUCUUAUACUUUUGUAUGGUUUCCCCACUUUUGAUUUUUAAGGUCGUCAAACAAAUGUAA